AAGAGGCUUUUUAAGUGCUCCUCAGUAUCGUCUUUUUUAAUGUUUUAUCAUGCUGUAUUUUACUUUUCAGAGCUCCAGGAUGAUUCACGUUUCCAACAGACGGUCCCUUCACUAUCAGCAUGGUGCCUUCACUGACCUGGUGUUCUACACUGUUGUCUUCCUCGCCCUGAUGAACUCAUGUAGAGCUCAGUCUGAGGUGAUCGUUCCAUCUCAGCCAGUAGUUUCAUUGGUGGGUGAAGACGUUAUUCUGCCAUGUCACCUGGACCCCGUCAUGAAUGCUUUUGACAUGACUGUGGAGUGGGCGAGACCUGACCUGAACCCCAGAUUUAUCUGGUUGCGUCACGGCCGAAGAACUGGAGACUAAAAACAUCCGUCCUUCAGUGGAAGAACAUCAGUGUUCAUCGAUGAGCUGGAGAAGGGAAACAUCUCACUGAAACUCUCCAAAGUUAAAGUCUCUGAUGAGGGAGGAUACAAAUGCUUCCUGCCUGCAUUGUCAAAAACCUCCACUGUUCAGCUUGUUGUCGGUUCUGUCUCCUCACCUGUUGUUCAGAUGAUCAAAAACAACAAUGGAGUGUUGUUAGAGUGUGAGUCUGCAGACUGGUAUCCAGAGCCAGAGAUGGUUUGGCUGGACGGCGAGGGAAACCUCCUCUCUGCUGAACCCACUGAGACAGUCAGAGGUCCUGAUGGUCUCUACACUGUCAGCAGCAGAGUGACUGUGGAGAAGAGACAUGGGAGGAAGUUCACCUGUAGAGUCACACAGAGGAAGAUCAACCAGACCAGAGAGAAGCACCUCACUAUUCCAGGGUCCCUACUCCCAGUCCUCCCAGUCCUCCCAGUCCUCCUGGUACUCAUGUUGUUAUCGGUGCUGUGAUUGGCUGUGCUGCUUUGCUGUUCAUUCCUGCGAUCAUCUUUGUUGUGUGGAGACGGAGACAAAAUAAAUCCAAAAACAAGAAGACGAGACGUGAGGAUGGAAGUGAACACUCUGAGGAAGAAAAGCUAGUCACUUCUAAAAGUGAUAAAACAGGAUUUCAGGUUGUGAAUGAAAACGAAGAAAAAGAAGAAAGACUUCACCUCAUUUCAGUUAAAGAAGAAGAGAACAAUGCUGACACAACAGCAGAAAAGAGUGAGACUGAAGAUGAGAUUGUGACAGAACCAGAGCCAGUAAAUGACAUCGUCUCUGCAGUAAGAGAACGUGAAAUGAAGGAAACAGAUCUACCUGUGAUUCAAAAAGAAGAAACAAACCAAGAGCAGGAACAGGGACAAAGACGAGAAACAAAUGAUGGAGACGAGAGUGAAGAGGAGACAGUGAAACCAGUUAGAGACGA